UGUGUACUUGUGUUUUUCCAGGUGUUUCCAAAAGCUCUGUGACGUUCUUGAUUACCUCCCAGAGCUGAUUUUGAUUUGACCAGAACUGAUCGGAUUAUUGAUCACAUUGAUCAGGUACCUCUAACCCACCAAAUCACACGUUUCUAGAAGAUACUUUUUUUUAGAGAUUUGGUUAAAGGACCUGUUUGGAGCCUGCUGAUGCACGAAGACGAGGCGCGUCCGACUGGAGGCCACUCCCACCUGGAGGUCUCUGUGACGAUGGAGUCCCCGCCUCCUCACGUCGUCCCCAACGGCAACCCUUCCUCGGCAACAAUAACGGAGCACAUCCCUAACCCCAAGCAUCACCACGACGACCGACAGACUGGCAGAGCUAGCAGCAAAUCCAGCCGACUGAUCCAGUCGCUUAGCAACGGUCUCCAGAAACACAGUGACUACAUCAAGAUUCAGGUACCGGAAGGCCGUAGCAACCGGUUGCCGCGGGAAUGGUGGAAAACAGGGGUGGCGUUUGUGUACGCGUUGUUCAACCUCAUCCUGACCACAGUCAUCAUCACCGUCGUACAUGAACGGGUACCGGAUAAAUCGGUCAGUCCCCCGUUACCGGAUAAGUUCUUUGACUAUGUGGACCGUGUACCGUGGGCGUUUACGGUAACCGAAGUCAACGGGAUGGUGCUGGUGGGACUCUGGUUCAUUCAGUGGCUCUUCCUCAAACACAGGUACAUUAUCUCUGUGUCUCUCUGUGUCUCUCUGUGUCUCUCUGUGUCUCUCUGUGUCUCUCUGUGUCUCUCUGUGUCUCUCUCUCUCUGUGUCUGUCUGUCUGUCUGUCUGUCUGUCUGUCUGUCCCCACUGCUGUUCUAAUUGUCGUAACUCUGUCUCCCCCCUCCAGGUCCAUCAUUGGGCGGAGGUGUUUCUUCAUGAUUGGAACGUUGUACAUGUACCGUUGUGUCACCAUGUAUGUCACCACACUACCUGUACCUGGUGAACACUUCACCUGCGCCCCCAAGGUACACAAUGACUCAUAAAUAGACUAGAUGACUGAUGCGGCUGUUUUCAAGCUAAGGUACACACUGACUCAUAAAUAGACUAGAUGACUGAUGGGGCUGUUUUCAAGCUAAGGUACACACAAUGAUUCAUAUAUAGGUGACUUUUAUCAAUGGAUUUGCCUGUAGUUACCCCCAACAAAUGAAAUGCUAAUUAGCUGCUAAUGUGGCUAUCAUAAAGAACUACAAAUGCCAUGAUGAUCUGGACGAGACUGCCGAAUCGUGAAUAAAUAGCAGAAUAUAUCGAUAAAAGUCACCUUUUUACAUGGUUAUCAAAACGUCACGCCAAAAUGCCCUAUGGGGAAAAAAUACAUGGUGGAAAAACGAUUGGAACCAUUUCCUUGUUUGACCACUAGGUUUUAUGGGUACUUUGACACAUCCACUGUGGGGCUCUAUUGGACAGUAAAUGGCAUCAGCAAUCCAAGGUUUAUAUACACCAAUGGUGGCUCCCAAUGGUUUCACUAUGACCAGUAACAUUCUAGAAAUGAUGCAAAGAAUAUGCCAGUUACCAUAGUUACUAAAACUCUCUCUCCCCCCCCCUCUAGCUUUAUGGAGACUCUGAAGGGAUGGUGUGGCGUAUCCUGGGUCUGAUUAGUGGAGGAGGCCUGUCAAUCACCGGGGGUCAUCUCAUGUGUGGAGACUUCCUCUACAGUGGACACACUGUAACCCUAACACUGGCAUACCUGUUUAUUCAAGAGUGUAUGUACACACACACACACACACACACACACACACACACACACUGGCACAUCUGUUUAUUUAGUGUGUUAUUUUAUUAAAGAAAUGGAGAAGUGCUGUAGCCUCCCUAACCCCGGGCCCAGAUCUGGGUCUGUAGCCUCCCUAACCCCGGGCCCAGAUCUGGGUCUGUAGCCUUCCUAACCCCGGGCCCAGAUCUGGGUCUGUAGCCUCCCUAACCCCGGGCCCAGAUCUGGGUCUGUAGCCUCCCUAACCCCGGGCCCAGAUCUGGGUCUGUAGCCUCCCUAACCCCGGGCCCAGAUCUGGGUCUGUAGCCUCCCUAACCUCGGGCCCAGAUCUGGGUCUGUAGCCUCCCUAACCCCGGGCCCAGAUCUCGGUCUGUAGCCUCCCUAACCCUGGGCCCAGAUCUGGGUCUGUAGCCUCCCUAACCUCGGGCCCAGAUCUGGGUCUGUAGCCUCCUUAACCUCGGGCCCAGAUCUGGGUCUGUAGCUUCCCUAACCCCGGGCCCAGAUCUCGGUCUGUAGCCUCCCUAACCCUGGGCCCAGAUCUCGGUCUGUAGCCUCCCUAACCCUGGGCCCAGAUCUCGGUCUGUAGCCUCCCUAACCCUGGGCCCAGGAUGUAGACCAGGAUGGACCUGAGUAAAUGUAUUUCCUGGUCAUGUGAGGGUCUGAUAAAUGUACACUAUACUUAAGAAAAACCCUGGAAUGAGUAGGUGUGUCCAAACUUUUGACUGGUACUAACUAUAUAUAUAGUUAAGUUUGGACACACCUACUCAUUCCAGGGUUUUUCUUUAUUUUUACUAUUUUCUACAUUGUAGAAUAAUAGUGAAGACAUCAAAACUAUGAAAUAACACAUAUGGAAUCAUGUAGUAACCAAGAAAGUGUUAAACAAAUCAAAAUAUAUUUUAUAUUUGAGAUUCCACCCUUUGCACAUUCUUGGCUAUUUGACGAAUCUCAAAUAAAAUAUAUUUUGAUUUGUUUAACACUUUUUUGGUUACUACAUGAUUCCAUAUGUGUUAUUUCAUAGUUUUGAUGUCUUCACUAUUAUUCUACAUUCUUGGACACACCGACUCAUUCCAGGGUUUUUCUUUAUUUUUACUAUUUUCUACAUUGAGCACCCGUUGCAUGGCUGUGUGCUCGAUUUUAUACAGCUGACAGCAAUCUCCAUAGACAAACAUUGGCAGUAGAACGGCCUUACUGAAGAGCUCUGACUUUCAACGUGGCACCGUCAUAGGAUGCCACCUUUCCAACGUCAGUUCAUCAAAUUUCUGCCCUGCUAGAGCUUCCCCGGUCAACAGUAAGUGCUGUUAUUGUGAAGUGGAAAAAGUCUAGGAGCAACAACGGCUCAGCCCGAAGUGGUAGGCCGCACAAGCUCACGGAAUGGGACCGCGAGUGCUGAAGCACGUAAAAAUGGUCUGUCCUCGGUUGCAACACUCACUACCGAGUUCAAAACUUCCCCUGGAAGCAACGUCAGCACAAUAACUGUUUGUCAGGAGCUUAAUUAAAUGGGUUUCCAUGGCCGAGCAGCCGCACACAAGCCUAAGAUCACCAUGUACCAUGCCAAGCAUCGGCUGGAGUGGUGUAAAGCUCACCGCCAUUGGACUCUGGAGCAGUGGAAACGCGUUCUCUGGAGUGAUGAAUCACGCUUCACCAUCUGACGGACGAAUCUGGGUUUGGCGGAUGCCAGGAGAACGCUACCUGCCCCAAUGCAUAGUGCCAACUGUAAAGUUUGGUGGAGGAGGAAUAAUGUUCUGGGGUUGUUUUUCAUGGUUUGGGCUAGGCCCCUUAGUUCCAGUGAAGGGAAAUCUUAACGCUACAGCGUACAAUGACAUUCUAGACCAUUCUGUGCUUCCAACUUUGUGGCAACAGUUUGGGGAAGGCCCUUUCCUGUUUCAGCAUGACAAUGCCCCCGUGCACAAAGCGAGGUCCAUACAGAAAUUGUUUGUCGAGAUCUGUGUGGGAGAACUUGACUGGCCUGCACAGAGCCCUGACCUCAACCCCAUCGAACACCUUUGGGAUGAAUUGGAACGCCGACUGCGAGCAAGGCCUAAUAGCCCAACAUCAGUGCCAGACCUCACUAAUGCUCUUGUGUCCCUGCAGCAAUGUUCCAACAUCUAGUGGAAAGCCUUCCCAGAAGAGUGGAGGCUGUUAUAGCAGCAAAGGGGGGAACCAACUCCAUAUUAAUGCCCAUUAGUGUUCGACGAGAAGGUGUACACAUACUUUUGGUCAUGUAGUGUAUUUCCCAGUCCUGUGAGGCUCUGAUAAAUGUAUUUUGAAUUGGGAAAUGGGCUAAAAUAAAUCUGGAAAAACUGUCAUUUUGUAAUAGGGGUGAAAAACGGUGUAUUUAUUAAACCAUGUUUACCUCCUCAGACUCCCCCAAGAAGAUGUGGUGGUACGUGUGGUCGUGCUGGUUACUAAGUGUUGUGGGCGUGGUCUGUAUCCUGAUUGGUCAUGAGCAUUACAGCAUUGACGUUGUCAUCGCCUACUUUAUUACAUCACGCCUCUUCUGGUGGUAUCACGCCAUGGCCAACACACAGGUAGGAAACACACCGCCUCUUCUGGUGGUAUCACGCCAUGGCCAACACACAGGUAGGGAACACACCGCCUCUUCUGGUGGUAUCACGCCAUGGCCAACACACAGGUAGGGAACACACCACCUCUUCUGGUGGUAUCACGCCAUGGCCAACACACAGGUAGGGAACACACCGCCUCUUCUGGUGGUAUCACGCCAUGGCCAACACACAGGUAGGGAACACACCACCUCUUCUGGUGGUAUCACGCCAUGGCCAACACACAGGUAGGAAACACACCGCCUCUUCUGGUGGUAUCACGCCAUGGCCAACACACAGGUAGGGAACACACCACCUCUUCUGGUGGUAUCACGCCAUGGCCAACACACAGGUAGGGAACACACCGCCUCUUCUGGUGGUAUCACGCCAUGGCCAACACACAGGAGGGAACACACCGCCUCUUCUGGUGGUAUCACGCCAUGGCCAACACACAGGUAGGGAACACACCGCCUCUUCUGGUGGUAUCACGCCAUGGCCAACACACAGGAGGGAACACACCGCCUCUUCUGGUGGUAUCACGCCAUGGCCAACACACAGGUAGGGAACACACCACCUCUUCUGGUGGUAUCACGCCAUGGCCAACACACAGGUAGGGAACACACCACCUCUUCUGGUGGUAUCACGCCAUGGCCAACACACAGGUAGGGAACACACCGCCUCUUCUGGUGGUAUCACGCCAUGGCCAACACACAGGUAGGGAACACACCGCCUCUUCUGGUGGUAUCACGCCAUGGCCAACACACAGGUAGGGAACACACCACCUCUUCUGGUGGUAUCACGCCAUGGCCAACACACAGGUAGGGAACACACCGCCUCUUCUGGUGGUAUCACGCCAUGGCCAACACACAGGUAGGGAACACACCGCCUCUUCUGGUGGUAUCACGCCAUGGCCAACACACAGGUAGGGAACACACCACCUCUUCUGGUGGUAUCACGCCAUGGCCAACACACAGGUAGGGAACACACCGCCUCUUCUGGUGGUAUCACGCCAUGGCCAACACACAGGUAGGGAACACACCGCCUCUUCUGGUGGUAUCACGCCAUGGCCAACACACAGGUAGGGAACACACCGCCUCUUCUGGUGGUAUCACGCCAUGGCCAACACACAGGUAGGGAACACACCAUCUCUUCUGGACCAACCAUCAUAUCUAUACUCUGCAUGGUGUAGGCUCCGCUCUAGUGGUAGUCACAUCACCCUACAGCCUCAACUGAUUCAAAACCUUCUCUUUAUUUCAGACUGAUUAACUCACUCUGAGCUUUGUGAUUUUAUUAUUAUUAUUAUCAUAGUGCCUUGAAAAGAAACGUACAGAUGAUUGAGGGGUUUCUUUUCUUUAUGUUAUUUAAUUAUUUAUUAUUCUUUAUGUUCAGGCUCUGCGUGGGGCUUCUAACAACUACCUGUCAAGGACCUGGUGGAACCCUGUGUUUAACUUCCUGGAGCGUAACGUCAUGACAACCGUUCCCUGUGUGUUCUCCUGGCCCGUCUCUCUGCCCUCUGCAUGGUGUAACAUUAACCCCUGUGAGAGAUACUCCAUGGUAGAGGGGGAUGGGAACAGAGAGGAGUAGAGGAGGAGGAGAGAGAGAGGAGG